UCCAUGUGCCGCCAGCUCUCACCGCCAGGAAUCCGCUGUACUGAGCGGCCACAUUACAAAGAGACCUCCGCAUUUCACUUGAUUACCCUCGACUCUUUCCACUCCGCCUGUCGUGGAGGAAGUGCACCGGCAACCAGCGCGGCUCUCUUUCUAUCAUACAGCCCGUACUACCCUCGCAUUGCUUAUUUUUGACCCCCCCUCCCUCCGCCGUAUUGUUUAUUCUUUUCAAGCCCUGGAAGUAUUUCAGUUUUUUUCUAACACAAAGACGCGGUGUGCGGCUGCACACGCGAGGAGCGACCUCGACUUUCGUAGACAUGUGUGGGCGACAGGACUGUCAAUUCAAGACCCUGCUCGCGGUUUUGGUUCUUGCUGCCGCCGCGGGCAACACGCACGGGCAAGGGCCAAAUGAAAGCAGCGAUGUCAGAACCAGAACUCCAGACAGUGACGUCUUCACACACUCACCAACACAGGACACAGAGGGCGAAGUCCACUUGGUUACCACCGCCUCACCCAUGAACAUCCCCAACCACCGGCCCGUCCUCAAGGGAAUGCUGUUUCACGAGCACCUGCUCACGAGGGACUUCCAGGGGGACCAGCAUUUCUUCAUGAGGGACGGCUCUGUGGCUGGGUACCCCACCAUGCCAGGCUCCAUGUCCGCCUUGGACACGGGAGACGCUGCCACUCAAGUGGUGCCCCACGAGGACGCCCCCGCUUUCUCGGACAUCGCCAGCACUGCCACUCAGGCCGCCACGCCCUCGCUGACCACGUUCACUCCUACGCCCCCAAGGCCGCCCCUGUCUCUCCCCAAGGAGAAGCCCAGCGGGGUCAACAUGGCACAGCCGACCACAGACUACCUCACCACUCAGGUGACACCGAGUAAUAGAGGUUCAGGGGGGGGAAACUACCCAGUUGUUGCACCAUUGUCAACGAAGAUGGAGAAAGACGAAGCGAGGGAGACACCGCUAAAACACAAAAGCAGCUCUGAUCGUCCUCUAACCAAGAUAACUGAGGUGACCCGGGUAGAGGCCACCACCACAAUGUCCACAACCAUCAUCACAACCACCACCAUCACACAAACAUCAGAGCCGUGCAGUCUGAAUUUCACUGAACCUGAGGGGAACAUCGAAAUCCUGCAGCAACUUGACUCUCGAGCGGAGUGCAACUACUUGAUCACUGUUUACCUGGGAUACGGCAUCGAGGUCCAGGUGCUAAAUGUGAGUGUGCUGGAGGGCGAGCGGGUGACAGUGGAAGACACCGGCGGCCGAGAACCCUUCAUCCUCGCCAACGAGACGGUCCUGAUGAGGGGUCUCGUCCUGCGCAGCUGGAGCAACCAGAUCUCCCUCCGAUUCCGGAGCGACCAGCAACACAACUCUGGAUUUCUGCUGCUGCAUUACCAAGCUUUUGUGCUGAGCUGUGCAUUUCCCAAAGAGCCAGCUGGCGGGGAAGUGUCCGUGACACACCUCCACGCCGGAGGAGAGGCCUACUUCAGCUGCUUCACCGGCUACAAGCUGCAAGGCCCCAAAAUGCUGACCUGCCGCAACGCAACCACGCCUUACUGGAGUGGGAAGGAGCCGCAGUGUGUAGCAUCCUGUGGGGGGAUGAUAAAAAACGCUACCUACGGCCGUAUCGUCAGCCCUGGUUUCCCUAGCAACUACAGCAACAACCUGACGUGCCACUGGGUCCUGGAGGUCCCCGAGGGCCACCGGCUGCACAUUCACUUUGAGAAGGUGGCUCUGGCAGAGGAUGAUGACAGGCUGCUGAUUAAGAAUGGCAACAACAUCGACUCCCCCCCUGUGUACGACUCCUACGAGGUGGAGUAUUUGCCCAACGAGGGUGUGCUCAGCACUGGACGCUACCUGUUCAUAGAGUUCACCACAGACGGGACAGUAACCUCCACUGGUGCAGCCAUCAGAUAUGAAGCUUUUGCCAUAGGCAUGUGCUACGAGCCCUUUGUGAAAUACGGCAACUUCAGCAGCAGCGACUCCACUUACGCCGUGGCUGCAGUGGUGGAAUUCUCGUGUGACCCCGGCUACACGCUGGAGCAAGGCUCCGUCGUGAUCGAGUGUGUGGACGCACAAAACCCUCAGUGGAAUGAAACGGAGCCAGCCUGCAGGGCUGUGUGCAGCGGCGAGAUCACCGACUCCGCCGGCGUGGUUUUGUCUCCCAAUUGGCCCGAGGCCUACGACAAGGGGCAGGACUGCAUCUGGGGCAUCCACGUGGAAGAGGACAAGAGGAUCAUGCUUGACAUCCAAGUCCUCCACUUGGGUAAGAACGACCUGCUGACCUUCUACGACGGCGAUGACCUCACAGCCAACAUCCUCGGUCAAUACAGCGGCACGCGCACGCACUUCAAGCUCUACACGUCGAUGGCCGACGUCACCAUCCAGUUUCAGUCAGAUCCCGCCACCAACAUAUACGGCUACAACAAUGGCUUCGUGGUCCACUUCUUCGAGGUGGCGAGGAACGACACGUGUUCGGAGCUGCCGGAGGUCACCAACGGCUGGAAGAGCACGUCCCACCCCGAUCUGAUCCACGGCACUGUCAUCACCUACCAGUGCUAUCCUGGUUUUGAGCUGGUCGGCUCGGAGAUCCUCAUGUGCCAGUGGGAUCUCACCUGGAGCGGUGAUGUGCCAAGGUGUGAGGAAGUUAUGACGUGUCGGGACCCUGGAAAUGUGGAGCACAGUCGCAGGGUGGUGUCGGGCAGUCGCUUGAUCGUCGGGUCCACGGUGCAGUUCAUCUGUAACAAAGGCUACGUCCUGUCCGGCAACAGCCUCCUCACCUGCUACAACCGGGACUCAGCCGCGCCCAAGUGGAGCGAGAGGCUGCCCAAGUGUGUCCCCGAGAAGUACGAGCCGUGCAGGAACCCCGGCGCUGCCUCCACCAGCGUGCAGAGCUCUGAAAAGGCCUUCUACCAGGCGGGAGAAACGUUGACCUUCUCCUGCCACUCCGGCUACGAGCUGCAGGGUGAGGCCGCCGUCUACUGCGUCCCCGGACACCCGUCACAGUGGAACAGCACCCCCCCGGCCUGCAGAGCAUCUGCAACCCAGUAUGAGAACGAACGCAGGCUGGACGUUGUUAAUAGGGAUUAUGCCAUGGAGGGAACCAACAUCGCCCUUGCAGUUUUUAUUCCAACCGCCAUCAUCUUGGUGGCUGUCCUGGGGAUUUACGUCUACUUUGCAAAACUGCAGGGGAAGUCGAUCAGAAUGCCAUCCUCCUCUCCACCGUACGACAACAUGACGGAGGAGUCAGCUUUCGACAACCCGAUAUACGAGAGUGGACAUCGGCAGAAUCAUAGAUACUAAACCCAGUCCUCCUUGGCUGUAAACUGCAGAACAGCUAUGAGGACAAAUGAAAAAAAAAAAAAAAAAAACGAUUAAAGAGGUGUCCAUGUAGAGACCUUAAAGCAAGAGUUGCUUAAGCGUGGCCUUGUGGGACCCUCUCUGCACUGCUCAUCUUUCCCUCCAACGUUUCUCUUUUUUCUUUUUAUUCCGCAAAUGAUGAUAUUCUUUCCAUAUUUCCCUUUGUGUGGAUUACUGUAAAUACGUCUCUGUCUCCACGGUCAACUGUGAAUCUGUGGGUCACCAUGGUGAUAUUUUUAUAAAGUAAAUUGCUGAUGACCGUCGGUGAUUGUAUGUUUUGGAGUACUUUUUGACGACCUGAGCCAGUAGCAGUCAGCGAUCGAGGGGGGAUCGACCUCAAUAAUCCGUUAUUGAGGUGUGUUGGAUACAAAUUCCCAAAUAUACCCAACAUUCUUUGGAAUUUUGGCCAUGAUCACUUUGUUUUUGUAUGUAUGGGUCUGCUAUUUGUAAAUAAACUGCCUGUCCAAUAUGAGUGCCUCACGACUAACUAUAACCUGAGAAAUCACAUGUGAAUAUGUUUGUUAAUCUUUCACUCGACUAUUAUUUCGUGCCGAACAUUCUCAGCACUGCAGGUGUGCUCCGUUUUUUUCCCAGAAGCACACAAAACCAAAAGAUUCAUGAUAUUUUCCCACCAUGGCUGACGACUGGUUCCCACUGCGUAUCGCCUCAGAGGAUUCCCAUGGGACCCAUCAGCUGUGCUUAGCGUCACACUGUCAAGUCUGCCUCAAAGAAAAAGUAGUAGUAGUACAUUUGUGUGUGUUCCAAAAUGUGGUUGCACCUCAACCUAAAAAUUCCAUUAACAACAUGGUUUUGCCAAUUUAUCAAUGCAGACCACUGAACAAAUAAAAUCCUGCAGUGUGCAUGGAUUUUUUUGAAUUUAUAUUUUGGUUCACAUUGUUGUGGUGCAUCUGUUUGUGUUCAAUUUUGUAGGUAGACCUUGUAUCAGUUUGGCACAUCCUUUACACUCUAACAAAUACAUUUCUUUCAGCAUCGCAGCUGAUGCAGCCACAUCCAGGAAACCAAAAUCCCCUUCACAUAUCUAUAAUCCUCUGAUUACUAAUAAAAUUAAUUGUGGUUUAA